AAGUUCCAGCUCUAACGUCGUCUGACGCCAUUUUAACAGAAAGGAAAAAAUCGUCUAGAGAUAAACGCGCUUCAAGGAGUCGUGUUUUUAAGUGAUACUAAAACUCUAGAUAGACAAUGAGUAACGGUGGCGGUGCCGGGGGACUGGGCGCAGCGCGUCCUCCUCCCAGGAUCGAUGGAAUGGUCUCGUUGAAGGUCGACAAUCUCACAUACCGCACCACGCCGGAGGACCUGCGACGGGUCUUCGAGAGAUGCGGCGAGGUGGGCGACAUCUACAUACCCCGGGAUCGCUACACGCGCGAGAGCCGUGGAUUCGCCUUUGUGCGCUUCUAUGACAAACGCGAUGCCGAGGACGCACUGGAGGCCAUGGACGGUCGCAUGUUAGACGGCAGGGAGCUCCGUGUCCAGAUGGCCCGCUACGGCCGCCCGUCUUCGCCCACUCGCAGUUCCAGCGGUCGUCGCGGCGGAGGAGGUGGAGGCGGAUCCGGCGGACGUCGUCGCUCACGAUCUCGCUCUCCGAUGCGUCGCCGGUCGCGCAGCCCGCGCCGCCGCUCCUACUCUCGUUCCCGCUCGGCUGGUAGCCAUUCGCCGGAUCGCCGAUCCAAGUUCUCGCGCAGUCCAGUGCGCGGUGACAGCCGCAACGGAAUCGGAAGCGGGUCCGGUGCCCUGGGCACAGCCGCGUCUCGCAGUCGCAGCCGCUCCUAAACAUCGAAGAAACGUUCCAUCUUGUGGGAGAGCGAGGUAUGGCUCGCUGACAAAGCCACAUUCGUCUCCUGUGCCGGAUCUGUGGCUCCUACUGUGUCAUGCUGUACCCGAACAGCAGGUAUACAAACCAUUUAACAGUCUUACACUUUACAAAACUAUUUAUAGCGAACUAUUUUAAGUUUCGGCAGAGAAAAUAAGUAGAGAACAGGCAUGAUUAUGUUCCGAGCGAGAUCCCUAUUAACUGGUGAUCCCUCGAUGUCGGUUCCUCCACAUUAGGCUUUUGAUAUACUUAUUAGUAGCGUAGUAGAAAUCCUGAACAAAACCAGAAACAGAACAUAAUAAACUCAAAUUAACACGG